UUUUUCUAUCUUUUUAACGAGUUCUACCAGAGCUAGGUUGUUCCAGGUUCUUUCUAAUGCUCUUAUUGCCUUUGUUCCAGUCAUUCACUUUCAUGGUGAAGCCACAAUAGCCGUUUCUCUUCUUUAGUUUCCAGCUUAUUAUCUUAAGAUUUAAUUUAUAACUUGAUCCCUUCUUAUUGCCUUCCCCUCUCCACAAUAUUUCUGUGACAUUUAGUCUGUGUUCCGCGGUCUAUGCCACAAGCUUUUCUGGACGAGUUUUCCCGUCGGUUUGUUGGUGAUCUAUACGACAAUACAUGCAAAAAGGGCUUUCCUGUACAGCAGACGACAUUUAAAGGAUACCACCGAGUUUCUGCACUUCAUCAUUCAUUUGAGCGCAUUCACAUCUUACAACUUAUUAGACAUGGCAUCAGGAGUACUGAAACAGACAACAGGGCUGACAGGCCUAGCUGUGGUAGCUAAUCCCCACCACUUGCUGAGUGUACUCUAUGGCAAGAUACUGCGGACUAUACAGAAGAUGCCUUCUAGUGCAGCUUACAGAAAUUACACUGAGGAGAUUAUCAAGGUGCGGGCAGAGAUUGUGAAAAAUACUAGUGAUGUCAAGGAGCUCGAACGCAAGAUUGGAUGUGGCCAAGCGGAGGAGUUGAUUCAGCAGGCAGAAAAUGAACUCGUGCUUGCCCGCAAGAUGCUCACCUGGAAGCCAUGGGAGCCUCUUAUAACAAAGCCUCUACCUAACCAAUGGGCAUGGCCAUGUACCAAAUGAACCCUCUUCUAGCAUAUGUUUUGUAUAGUUGAUAUUCAGAUUAUGCAGUAAUAAAGCUUGUGACUGUUUUGCUUUCUC